AUGGCACCUCAGGCUUUAUCAGCUCUAAAUAUGGCAUCAAAAUGCCUAACAAAGGCAUCCAAGCCUCUUUUCAAUAAAGGCGAGAGUGACUCGAAGAAAAUUAACGCCUCCAAAAACUUCAGUUCAUACACCCAACCGAAAAGAUCAUAUUAUGAUAUGUACAACCAACCACCGCAAUAUGACUAUGACUCCGUUCCAGAAUCAGGCUAUAUCUUUGACAAUCUCCAUGUUAGCAAUAACGGAUGCGGUAAUAUUAUUGAAGGCGAGAUGACAUAUAUAAAUAAUGCUGAAGACGACACAUAUUCAAUUCCGGAUACGCCGUUUAUUCCUACAGUCUAUACUGAUGAUGCAGUUAGCGGUCAGGGCCAUCGUGCACUAUGA